UCUGUUUCUUUACACAGCGUCUCAUUUUCUUUGGAAUUGGGUUUGUACCUAUAUGUUUUUUUUCUUAUUAAUUUCUAUCAAUUUAAUGACAUCAUAGAAGAAAAAACAAUCUCACCAAAGGUGCGAAACAGGCAAACGUUUUAUCUUAAAUUCAGUAUAAUUGUUUACUUGAGAAAAGCUGUUUGACAGUUUUUGAUAAGUUGAGCUGAUUUUUAUUAUGAAAGGCCCCGCCGGAAGCUCUUCUUCUUAUUCCUCUUCUCAUUCCGUCCGGCUUGUUUGACGCUGGUGUGAAGGUGCAGCCCCCCACCCCCCAUCACUCCUAUCAGAACUGCUGCUGCUGAAAGCGCUGGAACUCUCUCCUCCUCCCAUCUCCUAUACUUUUGAUAGGGGUGGGGGGUGCAUGCAGCAGUGAAGUCACAGUGAUGUCAUUUUAGGAUGUGAGCGUCGGGGGGCAAGGUGAGCUGGUUUUUGCGGUGAGUGGUGUCCCCUCUCCACGGCCAGCGUUGCCUGUACAGAGGCGCGGAGCGGCGAAAGAUGGUCAUCGCCACCGGCAUCAAUUCAAGCUCCGACGCACUCUGUCCCUCUCCUGCUCAGAUCUCGGGCUAUGGGGCCUUGAUCUGCCUUUAUCCCAAAAUAAGCCUAUAUCGCAACCAUGCCAAAGGACAGAAAAUAAGAAGAGCUGCAUUUUUAAGGCAGGUAACUUUAACCACGUGCCCCAAAGGUGAACUGGAUGGCCACUGCGCAAAGGUGCCACUACAGCAUGUCCAGCGGAGCCGGGACGCACUGGACGCUGUGGGCAGUUUUUGUACUAUGGAUUUCUCUGUGGGGAAUCGCUUCAUCUUAUCCGAUUCCGAGCAGGACUAAUGCGACUUUGUUGGAAAAAAAGUGGGAGACCCUCUUCUCCCGCUCCUAUUUGGGGAUAAAUGGGGGUAAAUUGGAGCUGAACUGGGAGAGUGACUAUUUGCAAGGCAUCAAAAGAGUACGGCGACUGUACUGCAACGUGGGCAUUGGGUUUCACCUGCAGGUGCUUCCGGACGGCAGGAUAAGCGGUGUGCACAAUGAGAACCCAUACAGUCUAAUAGAGAUCUCCACCGUGGACCGAGGAGUGAUCAGCUUGUUCGGAGUGAGAGCUGAGCUGUUUGUCGCAAUGAACAGCAGAGGAAGGUUAUACGGAACGACAGUCUUCAGGGACGAAUGCAAGUUCAAGGAGACUUUGCUGCCCAACAACUACAACGCCUAUGAGUCUUUUGUUUACAAGGGCUACUACAUCGCCCUCAGCAAGCAUGGCCGCGUUAAGAGAGGCAACAAGGCGACAACCGCCAUGACUGUCACACAUUUCCUCCCACGACUAUGAGAGAAACUGACAAUUACUCAGUAAUUUGCACAUGUGGAUGUUCUUCCAGGUAAUAUAGAAAUGCUAAUAUGAUAUACACACCCAUGAACUGCAAAGGAAAAUACAAAUAUUUAUUGUUAUAUUUACUGUAUAUGUAUAUUUGGAUAGCCGUCUUUGUAUAUGUAUGCCAUAUUGUGCUGCUUAUUGUUUUUAGGGACGGGGAGAAGGGGAAACCUUUGCCUCUCUCACUUUAUCAUGGUGCUUGCUGUAACUGAACUACGUGUCACUUUUCUGAGAUGGAGGAUGAGCUAUAUUCUAGGCUUUUAAAGAGUGAAACGAAUACUUUUUAUUACCUCAAAGAAUAACGUCACUAGAUUAAGGGAUGCAUGGACUUCAGCUCAAAUACCUGCAAGGUUUCUAGUUUUUUUUUCAAACCUUUAAACACUUGAUGGUUCACUGCUUGAUUAUCGAUGUCCUGCAGUGAGGGAUUUAAAUGCACUACCUUUGCUGCACGAUUUAAAGGUGCCUUGGUGUUCUCAAUUGUGGCCCCCUUAAACUUGCAUGUAAGAGACACCCGGAGGAGUCAGAAAUAGGGCUGACACUCCAGAGAGGGCCUCAGAAGAGGGAAGGGGGAAGGGUUGACUAUCUCUGGUUUAUUUUCUUUUCUGUAAUUAGAUCGAUUAAGUAAUAAACAAUCUGUGGUUGAGACUGGAGAGCGGUCAGCCAUGGAGAAUGCCACAAGACCAUAAGUGUGACUGCGUGGAAGAGCCAGCAAGCAAACAGGGUGGAAAAAUUAUUUAUCCCAGCAUGGAGCAACUUUUGCGUUCGUAACUGGACUUGCUUCUGCACAAGCAUCUACAGAGUGGAUAGAGCGCACAAUAGAAAUGUUCCUGCAUACUGUCUUUGAGAGAGCAGUAGAGCAGGUUGCUGUUUUUGAAAUGCAAAGCUUUACCUGCAGUGUUCUAAAAUAAUGAAACCAUUGGGAGAAAAAACAGUGUAAAUAGCUGCCAAUUCAAAAGAAUUCAGAAUCUGUUUUAGUGCAUAGAAAGAAAAGAAGAGGCUGCAGCUGCACGAUGAACAACCAGUAAUGGUACACUAAAUGUUUUGGUCAAAACUGUCCCCCAUAUGUUCGUUUCUUCUGAUUAUCUCUGGGUUGCUGUAUUUGCAAACAGGUGCCAUAGGCCUUCUCAAUGUCCUGCCUGGCUUUUCUGCAGCUUCACUGCAGUGGCAGUCAGAGUUUGGGAGCCAGAGACAAAAGGUUUCAAAUGCAAUUAUGGACAAGUCAGUUAUGCACCCUGAAGGACUAAAGGACAAUGCAAUUGGUAGACUGGAUGCACAGUAUAAGAUUUCCUUCCUUCGUUGUAUUUCUUUUGAUUUUAAUCUUAGGUUUAAACAUCUGAAAAGGAAAAUUUACUGAAUUUGUUAACAAAGCUGAAGGUGAAGCAACACAGUAUGUACAAAUAUCUUGUUACAUAUUCCAAAGAUGCUUUUCUUGCCUCAUUCUUUAAAUUCCCGCGAGUCUUCCAGAGUGCAUCAGCCCGUGUAGUUUCUGCAGCUGUUAACUUAAAAGAACCUGCAGACUGCUUCACCAUCAGCUUCCAUCGGCUCCUGUGUGAGAGGAAGCAGGACUAUUUAAAUCCAGGAAAGACGUUUGCGACAGAUCCGGCACGCUAUCUUUGUUGUUCAUCAAAACCCCCUGCAGGAAUGUGGAUCUGUCAGGAUGACAGGCAGCUUCCCACAUACCUGAACUUUAUCACCAUCCGCUACCCCAUCUCCGCCUGUCCGUAACCCGCACCUUCACCCCCACAACUCACUCGUUGUAGGCAGGGACCUUGGGAUUCCAGCUGUAACCCGGGAGCUUCCUCUCUCAUUUCAGCCUUUUUUAGUUCAAGGUCAGAGUCACUGACCAGCCUUUGCCUCAACCUUUGUGACCACGGUGGUCUGUUGUAUGAAACCGGAAUUCAAAGUAUCUUUUUGACAUAUGAGAUUCUUAAUUUUAUGAAAAAAUACCAAAAAUAGGAGGAAAAAAAGCAUCAACAUAAAAACCAUCCUCUGGUUUUUUUCUAAGUACUCGUGUUGGGGUGUUUUUUAGGGAGGGGACAUCUGCAGAGCUGAUGCAGCUGAUGCAGAUCCCCGCCUCACUGCUCCUGCUGCACAGUUCCCCAGCCCUCCUCAGGACAAGCUCCGUCCUGACCCCAAAACCAUCAAACGCUACACUCUGACACAGUAUCUGCUUCCAUGUGUCUGCGACACACAUCCAUUCAUGACAGUAUUCUCCUCACACGUAAAUCUCCUCUUGCUUAUUGUUUGUUUUUCUUAUUUGCCGCACACCUCCCCAUCAAGAUGCCUGAUGUCUGCAGUAGCACCUUAAUAAGGAGGCUGUGAUGCUAAAGUAAAUCAGUAAAUCAGGAGUAAAUCACUGAUGGAUGCUAAAAGAGGGAACGUUUGUGUCUAAAACAAAUUGCUCACCUUUCAGCUUUGACCAAAAACUUGAAAAAAAUAUUUAAAAAGAAAGAGAAUAAAUAAAUGAUUACAUUUAUUUGCAGAUUAUUUUAUUCUUUUCUUUUCAUGGCUUAUAAUUUGUCAGAUGUUUAAGUCAAGGUGAGGAAUAUUUCUUUAUAUGUUGAAUGUAUAUAAGCAUGCCUGAGCCCUGAGCUUCACUUUGGGUGUGUGUGCUUGUUUUUCUUUCUUUCUGGGAGUGAACCUCCACUCUAUUCCUCUCCUCUGUUCUCAUAUACCUCACCUUCUGCCUUAGUUUUGGUUUGCUGAUGAAGAAAAAUGUAAAUGAAGAAAAAUCAACCUUUAGUUAUUUGUUUCUUAAAACAGACGAUGCUAAGUAAAGUUUUUUCCUUUUAUUUUUGUACGUAUGUGCUGUGCACAGCAGUCUACUGUAUUCCUAAGAUACUAAUAAAGGUUUGUUUUGUUUUGUUUUGUUUUUUAACUGGCUGCUGGUAAUUUGUUUUUCAGUAUGACAGUGGUUUAAAUCUCAAGUUAUACUUUGAUCAUCCCAUUUACAGUCUGGUAGCUCUCAACAUCACUCCACUGAUUAACAAGAUGAUUAUAAAUUUUGCUACUCAAAUAUGAAUUUUCCAGAUGUUUUUUCCUCUAUAAAUAACAGAAAACAGAUCUUAUGCUAUUUUUUAAAAGUAUGCUGUAAAAGAUUAGAUUGCAUGAUUAGUUUGCAAACAACAUUGAACUGGCUUAAAUGUUCAAA